UUUAACCUCAAAACUCAUAAACCACCACUACAUUACUAACUAAUAAGUUAAUCCUUCUCCUUCGUUCCUUCAAAUAAUAAUUAUUGAACUAAGUUAGUGUAUAGUAUACUGAGUGACAUUUGUAUUAUGACUUAAGAUGGACUUGAAAACCUUAUAAAUCCAAACAAUGUUUGUUGAACCAUGUUUUAUCAAACCAACUCGUAAUCUACUUGGAAAUGGGUGUCUAAUGUUAAUCUGAAGCUGGAUUAACUUAGGCCUACGAACAGUAUCCUACUUCAUAACUUUGAGCUUUCUCAUCAGUGAGCCCAAAUAUUAUUACCAAUAUUUGAGUCCUCCAAUAAAGUACAGAAUGACCAGCAGUAACAAAGUAACUAAACGAUCAGCACACUAUACUAACAGAGAAAUCCAUGUUAUCAUGGAUGAGUACGUGAGAAGAAAAAAUAUAUUAGAAAAUAACACAAAUCCCCAACAGAACAUGGAACUAAAGAGGAAGGCAUGGGUUGAAAUAGCUGAGCAUGUUAAUAUCAUCUCUCCUACCAAGAGAACAUACACCGAUGUACGGAAAAAGGUUUCAGACAUGAAAACUAGUGCUAAACGUAAAAUGCUCCGAUAUUUAAAGGAAUCCUUGGUUGAAGGGAAUAAAUCUCCACUAGUAAAACCCCAAAUUGACGAGAGACUUCUUGAUAUUCUACAAGAAAACGGUGUAAUUCCUCCAUACAAAUGUAUUUUAAAAAGAGGAAUGUCCUGUCCGGACGACAUCCAAAAGCACUUGAGUGAAGAAGAAGUAAAUAGGCCUAAAGAGCUACCAGUAGGGGCUGAUGCAGAGGAACCCCUGAGCAGUGGCAGCGUCUCCAUACCUGUCAGUGUGUCAUGUUCUCCCAGCAUUACGGUGGACAGUGUCGCUACCCACACUCCUAGCAGUGGGUACGACACCCAGAGCGACCCUCACCGGUUAAAGCACCUGAGAGAGUCUGUUGAUAGACUGACAUCAUCAGUAGACAAGCUGGGAGAUUCCCUCACCAAGAUCAGCAGGUCGUUGGAGAAAAUAGUUGAGAGUAAUCAACAAAUGUUCAGUGUCAUCAACAGUAAUGUGGUUAGGAUUUUAGAAUCUCAAAAUAAUGUUCAGUCUAUUUGCUUACCUGCAGCAAAUAACCAUGCACGAUAAUUUGUGUUUUAGCGUUUAUUGGUGUUUUAAAAAGUGUUUAGAUCCUAAGAUUAAUGUAUAUUUCAAAUAUGCUGUAAGAUAAAUGUAUAUUGUUUGAUGUAAAUUAAAUAAACAUAAU